UUCAAAGAGGAGAGAGAGUGAGACCCAAAACGUCACCGUCUUCACACUCUCUCUCAGUUUCGCUGAGAAUGGAGGCGCGAAGUCGCUCUGUGGAAGACAUAUUUGAGGAUUUCAAGGGCCGAAGAACUGCAAUCAUCAAAGCCCUUACCACCGAUGUUGAAGAUUUCUACAGUCAAUGUGAUCCUGAGAAGGAGAAUUUGUGCUUAUAUGGAUUACCUAAUGAGCAGUGGGAAGUAAAUUUACCUGUCGAAGAAGUUCCUCCAGAGCUUCCUGAGCCUGUGCUGGGUAUAAACUUUGCUAGGGAUGGGAUGCAGGAAAAAGACUGGUUAUCUUUAGUUUCUGUUCACAGUGAUACAUGGUUACUUGCCCUUGCCUUCUAUUUUGGAGCCAGAUUUGGGUUUGAUAAAACUGACAGGAAACGACUAUUCAAUAUGAUCAAUGAACUACCAACAAUAUUUGAAGUUGUUACUGGUUCAGCGAAGAAACAAGUUAAAGAAAAGUCUUCAGUUUCAAACAACAGUGGCAGCAAAUCUAAGUUCAGCUCUAAACGAGCUUCUGAAACUCAGGGUAGACAUUCAAAGGCAUUGCAAACGAAAGAUGAGGAUGAAGGACUAGAAGAGCAAGAUGACGAUGAACAUGGAGAGACCUUGUGUGGCGCUUGUGGUGAGAACUAUGGUACUGAUGAGUUUUGGAUUUGCUGUGACAUCUGCGAGAAGUGGUUCCAUGGCAAAUGUGUGAAGAUCACCCCUGCUCGGGCAGAGCAUAUCAAGCAAUACAAGUGCCCGACAUGCAGUAACAAGAGAGCUCGCUAAGCAAGUUUCCAUCGUGGAAAAACUUUGUUCGAGUCCUUACUGAUCUGAUUAAUAUGUUUAUCUUUCUAGAUGUAUGAUGGCUAGUUUUUCUGUUUGAUACAUGUAGGUUUCUUGCCUAGUUUGUAGGAUUUAUGCUGUGUUGGUUUUGUUGUCCCCUGCUAGUGAUUUGAUGCCUACUUGGGUUUAUCUAUAUGUAGUUGAAGCAUUGUUGCUUGGAGAAGUUCAAGUCUUUUCCCAAGCCUCGUCCUAGCUUAGGAACCACGUCGGCAUCAUACAAGUGGGGUUGAAACCAUGAUAUCCUGUUCACUUAAAUCUUGUGGAAAUGAAAGUACAAUGACAUUUGCACCAAAUGAAUGGGAUGAAAUUUUAGCAUAUUAAUUUUUUUGUAGUCCCUUUCGAGUGUUGAGGGGAAGCAAUGUUUGGAAGUCUAAGGCUUUUCAUCACUUCAAGCCAGACUGACCCAGAUGAUAGGAGCUUAGAACACAGAUAGGCAUAUCUAAACAAACAGUACACAACCAAUAAAGGCUGAAACAAGACACGUUAUCAAGCGACCCCCUGAACAAAACCAUUUCUGAAAACGUAUCGUGGAAUCCUCCUAGGGGCAGAAAAUCGCCGUUCUAAGCCAAAAAAACAAAAUGUAAGGGUCGUGAACAGGAGACUUGCCU